UUCAUCUCCAGCUUCGACUCCAUUCACGACACUUCAACUUAUCACCAUUAACAGUCUCGAACUCGCCAUAUCGAUCGCGAUUUCAGACGCCUGCGCUUGGAUUGAUUGGCGUAGAUUCUCAGUCGCCAUCCUCCAGCGACCUUCAUAGUGCUCCUGCACAAACAUCAUAUCACAGUCAAAAUGGCCUCGGCAACAUUAGACCUCAUGCGGAACAACCCGCUGACUGCCAGUGUCGCUGAUGUCUACUCUUCAUUCCACGAGCGACGCGCAAAGCUAGGACUGACGAACCCGGGCACGGUCGAGAACUUGGCAAAGGAGGUGCAGCGCGAUGUCUUCACAAACAACUAUGCCUUCAGUGGCCUGCGAGGAGAUUUUACAAGGGCUUUCAACUUGAACCCUCUUUUCCAAGUGUCACAUAACUUUGCUGUUGGCGAGCGCAUGCCCCCGUAUACUUUUGCUGCCAUGUAUGGCUCUAGCAAGGUCUUUAUGCAGGGCAGCGUCGACAACGACAUGCAGGUCAACGCGCGCUUCAACUGGCGGUGGUCGGAUGCCCUCGUUAGCAAGACGCAAUUUUCGCUCGGCACCGGAAACCAGGAUAUGGCCCACCUCGAAAGCGAGUACACCGGCAGCGACUUCACCACCUCGAUCAAGGCUCUGAACCCUUCAUUCUUCGAGGGUGGACUCACCGGAAUCUUCAUGGGUAGCUACAUGCAGUCGGUUACCAAGAAGCUUGCUCUCGGCAUGGAGGGUGUCUGGCAGCGCGCCGCUCUCUCACAGCCCCCAGACACGGUCAUGUCCUACGUUGCCAAGUACAAAUCUGACGACUGGAUCGCCACGGGUCAGCUGGCCGGAGCUGGUGCUCUCAGCACGACCUUUUGGAGGAGAAUUUCCGAGAAGGUGCAAGCCGGCAUUGAGAUGACUCUGUCUCUGGCUCCUGGGGACCCUGCCGGCGGCAUGAUGAUGGGUGGCCCUUCGAUCCAGGCCGAUGGUGUUACUACUGCCGCCGUAAAGUAUGACUUCCGCAUGUCGACCCUUCGCAUGCAGGUUGACACCAAGGGCAAGAUGACCUGCCUUGCCGAGAAGCGUAUUGCACCAGCAAUCAUGAUGACCAUCGCUGCCGAGGUCGACCACCCUACCGGCGCUGCAAAGCUUGGACUGGGCGUCUCGCUCGAGUCUGGUGGCGAGGAGCUCCAGGAGCGCCAAGAGGCUUUGGGAGCUGCCGCACCGUCACCCAACAUUCCUUUCUAGUUGAUCCAUGUUGCCGAUAACGACACGACCUAGGAUCACCGGAGCCUCUGUACAACCAAGAGAUUGUAGUCCGGCCGCUCUUCGACUCCACUCGUCAGCCGAAGUCAAACGUCACCAACCUCACCGUAAUUUAAUGAUCUCGCUAUUUGGGAUAUGCUACCGCAGCCACAAAGCGUCUCGAUCUUUCAUAUUCUUGUCUUUUUAUCACCUCUGUACCUCUGUUGUCUUAUUAUUAUCGGAUGUCUCGAGGCGCGGUUGCUGGGAACAGCGAAACAAAAUCGGCGGUAUUUGUCAUCUGCAUAUCUUCUUCACGACCGAUAGACAUGUUCUUUUUUCUUUCCUUGGACAAGAGUCCAACCGCAGUCACUGGGUAACACUCAUAUGCGAGCCGAGUUACCUCCUCUUGAUCGGGCUCCUGCAGGGUCCGAUUUUGAGUGCAUGUAUUAUAAAAAUUACGGCCAUUGGCAAAUCGGACAAAGCUGAAGAUGGUUUGCAUCGUGAGGCUGAAAGAUUUUGAUAAUGGUCCAUGAACAGACUGUUAUUUGAGGCCACCAAAGCCCGAUGGAGGCUGACAUGUAAAUAUUGGCAGGUCGAUUCAUUUGUAAAAAAAAGCAAUCUCCGAC